AGGAAUUCAAUAGACAGAGAACGUCAAAAUUUUGUAGUAUUCCACAAAUCAGUCUAUACCCAAAUUUCGGAUGUGAUGAUAUAAUUCCGAUUCGGCUAGAAUAUUUGGACAUACAUUUGGGAUACGCAUUUUGCAACUAAAUUGUAAUUUUAACCGGACUAGUUAGUUUUAGCAAAAUGGCGCUUCGUCUCAUCAAUGCAGCACGCAUUCCUUUCCUACUAAAGCCAAAUAUGAAGCCAACACCGCCGCCAAGACGCACCUACUUACUUAGAAGGCCGCGUCUCGUACCGUUUAUAGAUGAAGUACCAACUGUAUUCUCUGUAGCGGCCAUUAAGCACCAUUGGGGGGUCAUGCCAAUUAUAGCGAUAUGCACCUUCGGCUUGUUUAUGAAAAUUUUCGUCAUAAUUUCACUCGGCUUGAAAAAGGACGAUGUGUGGUUCACGAAGGACUCUGCUCGAUGUGAAAACUUGGAGACGCGCAGCGGACGCUGGUACAAGCCCAAAAGUCGCAAGUGGGGCGGUCGAGAUGACUACCCGGUGCCACCGGAGGCGAUCAUGGCCAGACAGGGCAACACGGAUGGUCCGUCAUUUGAGGAAAAGAAGUGAAGCUGGACUGGCUAAAAGGUCAGAUCAGCAUUUCCAGCACGUCUUACAUAAGUCUGACCAUUCAAUUACCGGCUAUAAGUUUGACCGUAGGCUUUCGGAUCCGCUAGGAUACCAUCGAAAUGAAAAGGCGAAACGGAAGGAUAUGUGCAUAGGAAGUUAAACUGGCUUGGCAAGUGUAACCGGAGUUGGGAAACCAUACAAAAAACACUGACCAGCGGAAGGCCAGGAGAGGGAAUGAAGCCCCUGAUCUUGUUACGAGGAUGGAAGUGAGAUUUCUUGGGCAAGUUAUAACUACAAUCUAUAUACACCUAAAAUUGACUGGUCUGUAAGGCAUAUAAAUUUUAAGUAUAGCGAGGUUGUUUUUUAAUCUAAGCUUCAAGCAUAGCUUAGAUUAAGGAAUAAAUUCCCAUUUAAUAAUGUGAA